CAGUGUGUUUAUAGGUGUUAGCAGGUGGGCGUGUGUGGAGAUCGUUCUGCUCUUAGGGAGGAAAGAUGCCGGUUUUAAUGCACGCCUGCACUUUACUGCUAAAAAUCCUCACCCUGCCGCUGCAGGUGGCGGAGCUGCUGGGUAUAUACAAAUUCUACAAGCGCGUGUUUCCCGUCAUCGUGUACAACAUUAGCUUCUCCUACAACAGCAAGAUGAACGAGAAGAAGCGCGAGCUGUUCCGCGAGCUGCAGCGCUUCUCCCCGCGCGGAGGAGGGCCGCUGCGUCUGCUGGAGGUGGGCUGCGGCAGCGGCGCCAACUUCCAGCACUACCCCACCGGCACCAGGGUCACCUGCACAGACCCCAACCCCCACUUCCAGAACUACCUGCAGAAGAGCAUGGACAAGAACGACCACCUGGUGUACGAGAAGUUCGUGGUGGCUCCUGGAGAGGACCUGAGGGUCGUGGAGGAUAACUCUGUGGACGUGGUGGUCUGUACACUGGUGCUGUGUUCCGUUAAAAACACUCCCAAGGUUAUCGGGGAGGCAAAGAGAGUCCUGAGACCGGGUGGAGCAUUCUUCUUCUUGGAGCAUGUGCAGGCGGACCCUUCAAGCUGGAUUUACUUCUUUCAGCAUGUUUUCCAGCCUUUAAUGUACUAUUUCGGUGAUGGUUGUGAAACUACACGUGCUACAUGGAAGCAUCUGGAAGCAGCCGGUUUCUCUGACUUGCAGCUUCGCAAAUUCCAGGCUCCACUUUUCUUCCUUAUCAGACCACACAUUGUCGGUUAUGCUGUAAAAUAAUGGCAACACAAACUCAUGUAUAAACUCAUUGUAUCAUUUAUAUAUAUUUUUACAUGUUAUUUUUUGUAUAUGUCACUGUAAGACAGUUUGGCCACAAAUGUACUUCUAAAGUAAUGUUCUUAAAAUGUCAUAUUUACUUGUUAUGAGGAUGUAAAUCCAUGCCUGAGAUCUGAAAUUUAACGAGAUUUGUAAAAAAGUAAUUCCCUUCUUGGGCAUUGCAUUAAAAAUGCAUUCAAAGUUUCUAUUAUACUGUACUAAAGUUUACCACUACAUUAUCUCUAUUAGUAUCUCUGUUUCCUUUACGGGUGUCUGUAGACAUUGAAAAUCCUGCCCUGCCAACAUGAGCUUUACCAAACAAGUGCUGCAGCACAUCACUACACACAUAGCAUGGGUGAUUAAACCUAGUAAUAUAUUUUUAUAUAAUUAACAGGAAAUCUCUGUUCAAACUGCUGUGUAGUCCAAGCCUAGGCUUAACCCCUGUCUUGGGAAACUGCUCCCAUAUUUUUAAUAAAAAAAGUUAUGAUUUGUGUAACAAGAAAACAGCACUUGUUGAAGAUUGCAAGGGAUUAAGCAGUUAAAUCUUAGAAUAAAGAUUUCCCAUUGAAAGUCAAAUUCAUGUAAGGACUAUGCCUACUCCCUGUCUGGAAAACCGACCCUUAAACAUACACAGAAAUUAUUGUCACAGUUUAAUGUAUUUUUGUAUAUAUAAAGUUAAUCUUAAUUUUGUAUGUUAUCAAGGCCAAUCAGAACAUUAGCUUCUGAAUUGUAAAUACAUUAUAUUAACAGCAAGGGCUGGCAUGGUAAAAUACUGCAGACAUAUUCAAUAAAAGUGUUUUUGUUAGCAGUAAAUGGAUCAUAAAAUUAACCAGAAGAAAAGUAUGAUAGUGAAACAACAUGAAAUGAGAGAGAUGGCUAGCAGAAAUAUAAAGUAUUUUUGACAUAAGAUACAUGGCAAAGUCACAAGAACAAAGAUAAUAUUGUUCUAGUGUAAUGUGCCAAAAUGUGCAGCAUUGCAAGAAUGGUCUUAAGUCUGAAGAAGAAAUCAAGAGUUAAAAGGUCUACGUACACUAGAUGGCACUGAUAGGCAUAGUGUUUUAUCUAAAAAAAAAAACUGGGAACAGAAUCAGGUGCACACAUCUGUGCAUCUGGGCUAAAAUCAUUUCUAAUUGAUAGGUCUAUCAGAAUCUGGAGUGACUGAUCUGAAAAGAUCUGAGCCACAAGUAAAAAUGUUUUAGAAUUCUUUGGAACAAAUAACAUAUGUGUUAAUUAUAUUCACAAAAUACAAAGAUUAAUUGGUGAGCCAGUUAAAACACAAAGGUCCAGUAAUAAAAUGUAUAACCUAAAAUAAUCACUAUUUUACACAUGUAGUUCAUAAAAUGUCCCCACAACAAACAGACCAAUAAACGUCUGUAGAGACGUUCUUUCUAUUAACAGUUUCUAUUAACAGUAGUUGACUGCAUGUAAUGCAGGUAAAUAUAUUUGUUUAUGUUUUUAAUGCAGCAGUUUCACAGUGAAUAACUGCCUGCAAAUAAGAGUCCCCACUUCGAAAGAGAAGAAAGCUUAUACUCCCCUCUUGUGGUGAAAUAUUAUUCUGUUAAAAGUGUAAGUGAGAUACUGCCAGGUCAUGCAAGGGCAUUAAGUAAAUACUUAUUUAGGGUCCAGAGUAAUUAAAACUGGCCUCACUGUAAAAUAUCUUAGCUAUGUAUAAAGGCAUAAGUGCAUUAGUUUUUUCUGAUGUAGGUGUUCAUUCAAGUGUAUUCAGUGGUCAGUUGUAUUGUUAAGAGUUGUUUGUUGUCUUCGAUUUUCAUUUCAGGAUUGCUCUAUUUGCAGGUGUUUAGGUCUUUACGUGCACAUUAAGUAAUUCGAUUUUUUUUAUACGACACUUAUUACUCAUACUUGUGUGAUAAUAUAAUACAAUAUAUAUAUAAUAUAUAUAAUAUAUUAUAUUAUAUAUAUAAUAUAUUAUAUAUAUAUAAUAUAUUAUAUUAUAUAUAUAAUACAAUAUAUAUAAUACAAUUGUUCUGACAGUACUCACUCUUUUUCUUACAGGCUCUACAACAUUCUUUAUAAUCACUAAUUCUCAUUUCUGGACAGAUUUUUACAAUUUAUAAUACAGUAGUCAUGGUGAAUAAUACAAUGGCAGCUUUUUCCCACAGUGAUUGUAAAAGGCCCUAGUGACUUACUGUAACACAAAUGUGUGCUUUGAUGAACAGAAAUAAAACAUGCUUUAAAGGUUA